CUGUGAAACGUCCGUCCUGCUUCAGUGUGAUGAAAAUAUCGUGAACUUAUUCCUUAUUUCGUCGGGACCGGUGUUUAUGGAUUACCAGAAGUGGACUCGUGUUUGAACGGAAUUUCAGGUAACGGUGAGAAAAUGCCCCUGCGUGGGAAAAUCGUGGUGAUUAAAAAGAAUGGAGAAGACGGGACUGAGUUCCCUCUUACUUCCUCAUGCUUGUUUGGAAGGAGAACUCAAUGCGAUAUCCGGAUUCAGCUUCCUCAAGUUUCCAAGGAGCAUUGCAGGAUCGACUUGAAUGAGAAUAAAGAGGUCAUUUUGACGAAUCUGAGCUUGGUGGCUCCGACCCGUGUGAACGGCGAGGUUCUGCAGCAGUCUGAACGUUUGAAGCAUGGAGACAUAAUAACUGUUUUUGAUCGUUCUUUCAGGUUUGAGUAUCCUCCAGCGCCCACGCCGAAGAAGAGGUCUUCCAGAGGAGGAAAGCCUGAAACUCUCAAAGUUCUGCAAGAUCAGCAAUUGGAGGACAAAGGAGAGAAGAGGGUUUCUGAAGAGUCCACAGAUCUUCUGAAGGAUGGCGCCAACAACAACGAUGUUCAGCAGUCUUUGGAGAAAACCGUGGAAGAGGGAAGCAGCUCGAGACAGAGCAAGAGCUCCCCCUUCAGUGACCUGUAUCACAUGAUCAAGCAGUCCCUGGAGGUCAAGACCCCUCGCAAAUCCUCCAUCAGCCUUCUUCAGACCCCUUCCUCUAAGUUGUGCACCCCGAAGCCCGCUUCAGUCAGGAAGAGCGACGUCAAAGCCGCCAUUUUCACCGAAAAGCAGGAUGAUGGGAAAGCCGAGAGUGGCGGCACGCCACAGUCUGCCGGGAAGAAGAAGAGGAGGUCCUCCCAGGGCUGUCCUGCUGGCGGAUCCAGGGACGGAGCGGAGUGUGAAGCAGCUUCUCCUCGGCGGAGAAGCAGCGCCGCUCCAGAGCAGUUCUCUGUGAGCGAGGUCAUUGAGAAAAUCACUCCAAAACCCAAGUCACCUGUGAGGAGGCGGAGCAAAGAAGCCACGCCCACAAAACCUUCUGAGGCAAAGGAACAAGCAGAGCAGCUCCAGGCGGCCGCCCCUAAGAGCUCCACAGGGAAGGAAGGCUCGAAGAAACGCAAGAGUGGAGAACUGGGCGCAGACCUGCCCGCCCACCUGCUGAAGAGGAAGAGGGUUUCCUUCGGGGGUCAGCUGAGUCCAGAGCUGUUUGACAAGCGCCUGCCUCCUGAUUCGCCGCUGCGUAAGGGAGCCACUCCGCGGAGGAGCUUGUCCCUCCUGAGGCCCAAGCAGUCCCUCCUCAGACGAGCCUCUGCUAUCGGCAUGCUCCAGGAGUUUGACAGUCCUGGAAAAAUUAGGAAGUCACCAGCUUCCCCUAAAACUCCAACCUCUCAAAGGAAAGCACAGAAAGCCAAGUCGCCUUCUACCCAGCCAAGUUCUCCAGCCAUGAAAUCCCCCAAAUCUGCAUCUUCUUCUCCAAAAACUGCAACUCCUACAAAGAAAUCCCCAAAAUCUGCAUCUUCCUCACCCAAAGCUGCAACUCCUACAAAGAAAUCCCCCAAAUCUACUGCCUCCUCACCCAAAGCUGCAACUCCUGCAAAGAAAUCCCCCAAAUCUGCAUCUUCUUCUCCAAAAGCUGCAACUCCUGCAAAGAAAUCCCCCAAAUCUACUUCCUCCUCACCCAAAGCUGCAACUCCUGCAAAGAAAUCCCCCAAAUCUGCAACUUCUUCUCCAAAAGCUGCAACUCCUGCAAAGAAAUCCCCCAAAUCUACUUCCUCCUCACCCAAAGCUGCAACUCCUGCAAAGAAAUCCCCCAAAUCUGCUUCUUCUUCUCCAAAAGCUGCAACUCCUGCGAAGAAAUCCCCCAAAUCUGCUUCUUCUUCUCCCAAAGCGGUGACCCCUGCAUGCCGAACACCAGCAAGAUCCCCAAUAACCUCAGGAGUCCCGGCGCCGACCCCCCAGGGCCGUUUCUCUGUGUCCCGCAUCGCCACGCCGUCGCCGGUCGCUGAGGGAGACGGCGGCGUCUCCGAGCAGGCGUCUUCAGUCACGACCACGCCGAGGCUGCGUCUGAAGAGGAAGAGCAUGAAGAGCACUUCAAAGAAGACUCCAAUCGUCUCCAAGAGUGUCAUCAAAGUGAUGCAGAGGAGGAGUGGGAUUUCACGAGCAUCCAUGAAAGUUUCAAACUGCUGGGCUGAUAUUGUGAAGUUUGGGAAGCCGAAGGCUCAAGUUGUCGCCCAAACACAUGCAAGGAUCACUCAAAAGACGACCAAGAAGACUGCGUCCAAACCACGGGAGAAGACCCCGGCGAGGAAGCUGCAGGGCCAUGUGAGCACCGGACACGCGGACUCGCCCGCCACCAUCGUCGUGGGCCGAGCUCACAAGCGGACGGUGAACCUCCCCAGCGGCGCGGCGCCCAGAGUCAUCACCAACAUCGCUCUGUUGAAGAAGAACAUGAGGAUGGAUGAGGACUUAUCAGGCAUUUCUGAAAUGUUUAAAACGCCCGUGAACAAAAAGAAGAGAUCUGUGAGCAACGCCAGCAACAUCAAGACACCGACAGGAAGUCAGGCGUCUGUGAUCGACCCGUCUGUCCUGAACACCCCAGAGGAGACGGGUGAGAUGAUGGUGUCGCCUCUGAGUGUCGCUUCAACAGUGAGAGAUCGACGGUACAACAGCGAGGCGGUCCGGCGUCUGCUCAACGGAGACGAGGAGUCCAGCUUUGUUAGCGACACGCCCGCGCUGGAGAUCGAACCCGAAGCCACUGAUCGGAAGGCGGCGUCUGUGAAGACUCCCGAACAGAAGCCUGAGAGGCCCGAGGGUCUGACUGGAGUCAAGAGGGUCAUGAAGACCCCGAGGCAGAAGACCGAACCCGUCGAGGACCUGAGAGGAAAACUGCUGAAGACUCCCAGACAGAAGCCUGAGCGGCAGGACUGUCUGUCUGGAGUGAAGAGGGUCAUGAAGACGCCCAGGCAGAAGGCCGAGCCCGUCGAGGACCUGCGGGGGAAGAUCCUGAAGACUCCCAGACAGAAGAAACCUGAGCAGCAGGAGUGCCUCUCCGGAGUCAAGAGGGUCAUGAAGACCCCGAGACAGAAGGCCGAGCCGGUCGACGACAUCAGGGGGAAACUCCUGAGAACUCCCCGACAGAAGCCCGAACAGGAAGAGUGCCUCUCCGCAGUGAAGAGAGUGUUUAAUACUCCUCUACAGGAAGUGGCGCCGCUCCAGGUCCUGAAGACGCCUCAAGCCCCAGAGGCUGCUGGUUCAACCUCAGAUGACGGGAUGGAAGUUCAGGAGACACCGAACAUAAAGAUCCCCCCUGAGGAGUUCCUCACAGGAAUCAAGAGAGUGAUGAAAACACCCAAAGAGAACAACGCUCCGGUCGAGGAUCUGGUCGGAGCGAAGAGGAUCAUGAAAACUCCCAAAGAGAAGGGCCAGCCUGUCGAAGACAGCUUUGGCAUCAAGAGGCUCAUGAGGUCACCGAGACUGAGGGGAAACGCUCCGGCGGACGACUUCGAGGGCCUGAAGGAGCUCAUGGAGGAACCGCUGCCCGAACCCGCCGUGGAGCAAACCCAACCCGAAGAGGAGCCCGAACCCGCCAAGCACCAGCCGCUGCCUGAGCCCGAAGAACAGCUGAUCGAACCCGCCGUCCAGCAGCCGCUGCCUAAACUUGAAGAGGCGCAGCCUGAACCCGCCGAGCAGCGGUCCGAAGUCGCCGUCCAGCAGCUGCUGCCUGAACCCGAAGAGCAACAAGAAAGGAAUGAGGAUGGAGAUCUGAAGCCUGUGGAGUGUGACGCAGGUGUGCCGGAAGAACUGGAAUCCUCUCCAGUCAGUGAUGGCUCCUCAGAUGUGGUUAAUAUUUCCAGUGUUGACGUGACUAAAGCUACUGAAGCCGUUGAUGAGCAAAGUCUUCCUGCUGUGGAGGAAACUGUCCCUGAAGAGAGUCUACUUCCUGAAGCAGAAACCGCUGCUGGUCAGAGCGCUGAAGCGGACCCAGAUCCUGUCCAGGAGAAGAAGUCUGUUCGGGGAAGAAGAGCGAAGACGGUUGCAGCCAAAGAGAAAGAGGAACCCCAAGAAACCGCAAGACCCGUGGCGCCUGCGCCGGUCAGAGGAAGACGGGGGGUGAAAACCGAAGCUCCAGCGGCGCCCGCUGUCCGACAGACGCGACGCCGAAAUGCAAAGACAGCUGACAGCGUGGAGGCCGAGCCGGUCGAGGAAGAAACUCCUGAAGCCACGAUCAAGCCAAAAAGAGGGAGAAAUGCCAGGAAGGUUCCCGAACGUGAGGUUGAAGCAGAGAGCGAGCAGAGCCCGGCGGCGGAAGCUGAGCCCGUCGCCGCCGCUCCAGAGAAGAUCUCAGCCAAACCGAAGAGAGGAGGAAGAACUAAAAAACCAGAACCAGAGCAGCAGGACGCUUCCCCGGCUGAAGAAGCAGAACUAAACACAGACGGCAGCGACAAGUUGGAGGCGUCGCAAAGUGAAUCAGAUUUAAAUCGGCCGACACAAGCUGCUGAAGCUGAGGCAGAAACGGCUGCAGCGCCGCAGAAAUCCGUCCGAGGCAGAAGAGCAAAGCAAGCAGAAGCUGAAGAGAAGCGGGAGGCGGCCGAGGAGCCUGUCAGAGGAAGGAGAGGGAGGAGAGUGGAAGCUGCAGCGGCGCCCCCUGCUGCGAGACAGACGAAGAGAGGCAGAAACGCAAAGACUGAGGAAAGCACCUCCGACCAACCAGCAGAAGAAACCCAGCCGGAGAGCCAGACGUCCGAAGACGUGGAGCCUCCAGCUGAAGAAGAAAACACUUCCUCCAAACAGGCUGCUGUCAAGCCGCAGAGAGGAAGAAGAGGGAAGCGGACCCCUGCUGAGGCGUCUCAGCCAGAGCCCGAACAGAACGAGGUGGCUGAAGCUGAAGCUGAACCCUCCGCUCUCCCUCCUCCUCCUGCUGCUGCUGUGAAGCCACGAAGAGGCAGGAAGCCUAAAGCUGAUGCUGCUGAACAGCAAGAGGCUGCUGAAGACGUCGCCGUGGAGACCAGCCAGCAGCCUCCGCCUCCAGCCAGGUCUAAGAGGGGCAGGAACGCCAAGCUGGAAGAGGAGAAGAUGGGAGAGUCGCAGGAGCCGCUGAAGAAAGUGAGGAGGACGAAAAAAUCUGAGCAGAAGCCUGCAGAGCCAGAGGAAGAGGUCCAGUCUGUGGAGCCGGUUGUUCCUGACCAGGCAGGAGAACUCGCAAAGCCAGAACCCGUCUCCAAACCAGCUGCGAAGCCCCGGAGAGGACAGAAAGCCAAGCAAGAGUCCCAGAGUGCGUCCGCUGAGGUCCAGGAGGUCCCUGCUGUCGUCCCCGCAGAAAAGCCAAAACGUGGCAGGAGAGUAAAACAAGCCGCCGAAGAGCAGGAAGUGGCCGAAGAAACCGGAGACGGCGAAGCAGAGGCAGCAGUCGUCAAACCCUCCAAGACCAGAGGAGGCAAGGCUUCUGCCAAAACUGAGCCUCCACAGGCCACCCCAGCCAAGAGGGGGCGGCGAGGAGCAGCUCCUCCUCCGGACAACACUCCAGCUGAGGAAGCCCCGGAAAAGGCCGAUCCUCCCCAGGACGCCACCGUCAAGACGUCCAAGAGAACCGUCAGGUGGAGACCAGAACCGGAGGUCUACGAAAUUCCCAAAGCCACCCCGGUCAGAGCAGGACGCGGCCGCAGGUCAAAGGCCGACUCCGAAAGCCAGAGUGUCCCGAAGGAGGCCGAGAGAACUGAAGAGGAGGACCUCUCAGCGAGCGCCGUGGAGGCUCCGCCCGUCAAGAGAGCCAGGAGAGGGGCGAAGGCUGCGGAGAAAGAGGAGAGUGCAGAAACUCUUCCGAGACCCAGAAGAGGAAGACUGGUCAAGAAAUAGACCUGCCUGUACAUAAUAUCUCAUCUUUGUAGUUUUAGAGCUAGAAAAUAUAAAGCACUGAUUUGUUUUUGCUCGUCUAUUUCAACAUUACAGCAGGGAAAUCUUUUUUUUUAUGUGCUUGUUUUUUAUUUUGUUUUUUUGCAUCGUUUUAAAUCAUUACUGAUGUUUUAUGAUGAAAAAAAUUGAUUAAACUUUUCUUAU